CCCCUCUAGCGGAGCAUUGCGAUGCCAUGAACGCUGUGGCGGCUAAUCGAUGAGUUCUUGUCCACUGUCUUCGCGUUCGCGGUUUGAAAGUGGUGAUUUUUCACGAUUUAAAGGUUGCCUUGUAUGAGAUUAGUGCGGCGUCGGCGGAUUUUGCUCGCUUUGUCCAGUGGAUAAAAGUUUCGCGAUGGAAAAACGCAUAGAACUCGAAAAACGGGGGAGAAAUCCGGACGAGAUUAAAGAACUUAAUCUUGAUAACUGCCGGAGUACCAGCAUCAUAGGACUUACAGACAAGUUUUGCAACUUGGAAACCUUGUCACUUAUCAAUGUGGGGCUCACUUCCCUCAAAGGAUUCCCAAAACUUCCAAAUCUUAAAAAACUAGAACUAAGUGACAACAGGAUAAACAAUGGACUCAAUUUAUUGGAAACAAGUCCGAAAUUAACACAUCUCAAUUUAAGUGGCAACAGAAUCAAAGAUUUAGCGACGCUUGAACCAUUAAAGAAUUUCAAACAUCUCAAAAAUCUUGAUCUCUUCAACAAUGAAGCUACAGCUGUAGAAAACUACAGGGAGAAAAUUUUCAAAAUGAUUCCAAGCCUUAAAUAUCUCGACGGAUUUGAUGCAGAAGAGCGCGAGGCCGAAGACACCGACGGCGAAGAGGAGGUGAACGGCAACGACGACGACUCUGAAGAAGAGGGAACAUCUGAAGAAGAUGAAGAUUUGGAUGAGAGCGUGGGUUUGGGCGCUGUGUAUUCGGAAAACCUGGAUGAACUGUCAGACGAGGGUGAUUAUGAGGCUGGUGAGGAGGAAGAGGAUGAAGAUGGUAUUGAGGAGGAGGAAGAAGAGGAGACUGUGGAGGAAGAUGCACAAUCACCUGAUGUUUCAAGGGGUAAAAAGAGAAAACACGAAGACGGUGAGGGCAAUUAAAAUGUGUUAUACUGUAGUGAUAUGAACUAUUGACCAAUGAUUGUGUCUCCAUUUUGUGAGAAGAGACGUCACCCCUGGCUGUGGUAUCAUACUUUACAAAAAUCAGAUUACUGAUACUAUAAUAUGCUAAAUUGAUAUUCUAAAUUUGGGAAAAAAUUCAGUGGUAGUUUUAUUAUAGUUGUAAAGUAUUUCCUUGUAGCAGCCAGUUGUUGUUAAUGUAAGUCAAUGAUGGAAUAUAUUUUGUACAGGAACACUUGUUCCAAUAUAGAUUAUAUGUAUUAGUAGUUUAGUACGUUUGCAUAGCUAAGUUAUUGGUUUUUUACUUUUUGUUAUUUUUUUAAACAUGGUAGGUCAAUAAACUUCAUUUGAUAAGAAUUUCAUAAUUUAAUGCACUUUGCAAAAUAAUAACACUUGAGUGAAGUUUAUUGUUAAUGUUAAGGCUAUGUUGACGUCUUUUUGUUAAUGGUAUUACAGCUAGGAGUCAUAAUAGACAGAAAAACGAAAAUAAAAUAUAUACAGUACAAAAUUUUUAAACAUUUUAUACAUUUUAGUAUUAAUCUGCAAAAAAGAUUUUUUAAUAUUGUCUGUUAUGAAGCCUUCUGUAUCAAAUUUAACUUAUAUAUAGAUAUGGAUAUCAAAACUAUAUUUCUAAUUGGGGAAUUUCUUAAGCAUUAAAACAAGAGAAAAAUAUUUUUUUCACUCGUAAUAUUGUUUUUUCAGACAUUUUAGAACCAUUUCUUUGCAUAAAGACUAGUGGAAUUAAAAUACAAUUUUUUAUAUGUAUUGUAACAUCACAGAUAAAAUGCUCAACAAUUCCUUAAUUAUUGGUAUUUUGUUGUUACUUAUUAAAUCUAUUCUCAGAUUUUAAAAUAUAGAUCUUUCAAUGAUUAGUGGAAUAUGCUAUAUCUUGUGUAAUGGAUAAUCUCUUGUAAUUUCAGUUAAAUACACAGUUUAGUAUAAA